UUAAUUUCUUAGUUUUUGAUGUAGUUAAGUUGUGUGUGAGUGUUCGAAUAUUAUAUUUUGUUUGUUAUUUUACAUUUUAGUUUAUGAUUGAUAGUCUGGAUUGAGGAACGUCUCGCGGUGAUCAUGAAGGCUGCAGCGGGCAAGGGACGCCAGGUGCACGGCAAGCGCCAGAUCCACGGCAAGAACCAGAAGAAGCCGAAGAAGGUGACGCAGACGUUCGUGGUGGACUGCACGCGCCCGUUCGAGGACGGCAUCCUCGACAUGGCCAACUUCGAGAAGUACCUGAAGGAGCGCCUGAAGGUGAACGGCAAGACUAACAACCUGGGCACGGCGGUCACCUUGGAGCGGGCCAAGGGCAGGCUGUCGGUGAACGCGUCCGUGCCCUUCUCCAAGCGCUACCUCAAGUACAUGACCAAGAAGUACCUGAAGAAGAACAACCUGAGGGACUGGCUGCGGGUGGUGUCUCCCAACAAGAAGGACACGUACGAGGUCCGGUACUUCCAGAUCAACCAGGAGGAGGAGGACGAUGACGCGGACGACAAAUGAGCCUUCGAGCUGGAGACGAUCGGAGCAAUGCUGAUAUCACGCCCCCUCCCCCCUUCUGGCACUAAAGUGAUUGAUAGUUGUCUGGCUUUAAUUUCCGUUCCUCCUAUGCUUUGUUGGUACACAUCUCGGUUGGUAUUUUUCACCUCGUGACUUACUGUAAUUUUUUUUAUGAAUAAAAAAAUAUUGGCAUUGUUUAGAAAA